AUGAAAACUUUACCUCCUGGCACAUUACUGCUUGAAGAAAAUUCAAUAAGAUACUAGAUCUAUUCUGAUGAGUACUACGAGUCCACAUUCGAAAAUGUUUUAGAAUCUAGAAUGGUAAAAGGUUCUAUAUACUCUGAUUUUGGAGUUGAUGAAUCUGUAAUAAAAAAUGGAUGUAAAGAGUACAUUAAGAAUUCUGUAAAUAGAAUAAUUGCUAUUGACACAUCUUAAGAUAGACAUGCAGUAGUUGGUUCUAUAUUUGGUGAAGAUUUUGUUGAUUUUGUAAAAUCAUAAAUGACUGACUCUCGUGAUAAAAAUUUGUAGAUAUUAAAGUAUGUGAACAGAUAAUUAAUCAAACCACUCCUCAAUUUACCUAUCCAAAAAGGAGAAAUCAUAAUUGGAUCAGGAUUUGCUGUCAAAAAAGAAUAUCAGGAUUUAAAAAUAGGAAAAAAUUUAAUUAACUUAUUUUUAAGGAUCGGAAAGUAUUCUAAUUUCAAAAUAUAAUGCGGACUAUUUUACUCCAGAAAAGCUUCUCAUAUUUUAAUGAAAUAAGGUGGCUUUAUAUUAUGCUCUCUGUAACCAGAAAAUUGUAAAGACAUUGAUAAUACAAUCACUAAGUACAUGAAAAACUAUGUUGAAAUAGUAGCUUUUGUUGAUCCAAAUAUUAGUUCUUCAUAAUUUGAUUCCAUAAAGUUUUUACUAAAUCCAGUACCUUAGCAAAUGCUUUGA